AUGUUGCUGUAUUCUGCAUCUAGAAUUAUCAAUGAUGUAGAGAAAAAGAAGACUUACGGAAGCACCAAGAGUGACAAACACAUGAGGAAUCUGAGCAUCGAAGAAGCGUUGAAGUUUAAAAAGUCUGGGAAAUCAGGAGGUAAACCGGAUGAUAUAUACGUUCCAACUGUCAAGUGGUUCCGAAAAAUGGAAGAAAUAAUGGAUAGCUACACAGCUGAAAAUGAAACGAAAAGCAUAGUAAGUCAAAAGUGUAUUUUUGUAAUAACUGGUAACUAA